AUGGCGACCGCCCCCCUGCGAAGCAAGAGGGAAGUCAUGAGCCGGUGCGCGGUGCGUGGCGCGGCUGCCAUUUCGGGCGAUACAAACACCCCGCCAUCUUUUUUGGCACGGAGCCGCGCCUGGAGACUUUCCACUGCAGGCAGCCAGGAAUUCGGGUGGAUCUCCGCGGUGAAAGUUGUGAGGUGAGCCGCCCAGGUGCCAGGUGAAUGUCCGGGCAGGAUUCUGCCUCAGCCCCACCCCCCGGGGAGGCAGGCCAUGACCUGCCCCAGGGGGAGGGGAGGGCGGAGGGGUCGUCCCUGGCCAUGCCGCUCAACCUGCAGCGACUGGAGAGAGCCUUACAGAUGGAGCCGUUCCUGGCGCACGUGCAGGGGAUCCUGACGGAGGACAUCGCCAUCAGUGAUGACAGCAGUGAUGGAGGAGAGGAUAAACUGCCGGUCCCCAGCCAGUCAGGAGACGGAGCGGGAGAGGUGGACCAGCAUACCAAGAUACUCAAUGGGGUCAUCGACCCUCCAGAUAUGAAGGAAGAGCGGUCCAGGCAUUACAAUUUCAGCAAAGUGAAGAAGAGCAGGAAAUGGCUUAAGAAUCUGCUGGUGAGUGACAGCUCGGAAUCAGAGUCAGAGGACCAGCCAAUCAGCGAGGAGGAGUACCACAGUAUGCUUCGCCUUCACAAGCACAUGAGGUCGUACCAAAACAGAUUCUACACCGACAGAGAGAACAUGCAAUACCAGUACUACAGCACAGGGUUGCUUUCCAACUACGACAAGUUCCACGAGCAUCAGCGCUUCAUCCUUGGACCAAAGAAGAAACGAAAAGAGGACAAGAAGCUAAAAGCCAAGAUGAAGAAGCUGAAGAAACUAGAAAAGAUGGAAAUGAAGAAGAUGAAGAAAAAGUCCAAAGAACCAGAAGAGGAGGAGGAGGAGAUGGAGCUGGCUGACCUGGAUGAGGAGACGGUCCAGGCUCUGCUCCAGGAGGCUGCCAAGCGCAGACGGACGCUCACCCUGAAGGAGGCAGACGCACGUCGGCGCAAAGUCUGGCUCGCCAUCUGUAAGAAGGAGAUCAAUAAGGCUCAGAGACAAAGGUCUUCUGCACACAACAACAUGCUGUCCAAUUGCAGAAAGAUGGCUCAGCUUUGUCAGAAGGAGGUGCGUAAAGCCGCCAUGCAGUCCCAGAGAGUGUGUAAAGAGACCCCGCCGCGGGCUCGGCGCCUGACGCGGGAGAUGCUCGUGUUCUGGAAGAAGUACGAGAAGGUGGAGAAGGAACAUCGCAAGCGGGCGGAGAAGGAGGCCAUGGAGCAGCGCAAGCUGGACGAUGAGCUCAGAGAGGCCCGUCGCCAGCAGCGAAAGCUGAACUUUCUGAUCACCCAGACGGAGCUCUACGCUCACUUCAUGGCCAAGAAGCUGCGCGGGGAGAUAGACUCACGACAGGAGGAGAUCCUGAGCCAGCUGGAAGACAAAGUGCCCCGCCGCCAGGUUCAGGUGCAGGGCAGAGUCAUGGAGCUGGAGGUGGAUGACUAUGACAGUGAACUGAUGAAGGCCACGGCUCUUCGGAAUGCACAGGAGGCUUAUGACGCACACCAGGCAAAGAAACGUGCCUUUGAUGAAGAAGUAGCUGCUUCCAAACGUUCCAAUCAAGAAAAAUUUGACGAAACCUUCAGCCUGGCCAACCCCAUGAUGGCGAAAGGCGAUCUCUCCCAACCCUCUUUCUUCAACGGUCAGCUCAAGGCCUACCAGCUCAAGGGUUUGAACUGGCUAGCCAAUCUGUAUGAUCAGGGUAUCAAUGGCAUCCUUGCAGACGAGAUGGGGUUGGGGAAGACUGUACAGAGCAUCGCCUUCCUCGCACAUCUGGCAGAGCGAGUGGGGAUCUGGGGCCCGUUCCUGGUCAUCGCUCCAGCCUCGACUCUCCACAACUGGCAGCAGGAGUGCAGCCGAUUUGUACCAAAGUUUAAGGUGCUGCCAUAUUGGGGUAACCAGCACGACAGGAAAGUCUUACGAAAGUUCUGGAAUCAGAAACAGCUGCAGAUGCACACGGAGGACGCUCCGUUCCACGUGCUGAUCACGUCGUACCAGCUGGUGGUGCAGGACGUGAAGUACUUCCAGCGCAUCAAGUGGCAGUACAUGGUGCUGGACGAGGCCCAGGCCAUCAAGAGCAGCGCCUCUGUCAGGUGGAAGAUCCUGCUGGGCUUCAGCUGCAGGAACAGGCUGCUCCUCACAGGCACGCCCAUACAGAACACCAUGGCUGAGCUUUGGGCACUUCUUCAUUUCAUCAUGCCCACCCUGUUCGACUCUCACGAGGAGUUCAACGAAUGGUUCUCCAAGGACAUUGAAGGUCAUGCUGAAAACAAGUCAUCCCCAUUGGAUGAGAACCAGCUGUCCCGCCUCCACAUGAUCCUGAAGCCGUUCAUGCUCCGCAGGAUAAAAAAGGAUGUAGAAAACGAGUUGUCAGACAAGAUUGAGAUCCUGGUGUACUGCUGUCUGAACCUGCGCCAGACCAUGCUGUAUCAGGCUGUCAAGAACAAGAUUUCCAUCGAGGACCUUCUCCAGUCUUCUGCCGGCUCCUCCUCCCAGGCUCAGUCUACAACCUCCAGCCUCAUGAAUCUGGUCAUGCAGUUCAGAAAGGUGUGCAAUCAUCCUGAGCUGUUCGAGAGGCAGGAGGCCCGAUCACCCCUCUUCACACAACCAGACGCUUUCAUCCUCCCAAAACUUGUAUAUAGGCAAGGACAUGUAGAUAGUGUAUCAUACAGCAAGAAUAGGUACAUCUACAACAUGCUUUAUGCAUUCUCUGAAGAGAAUGUACAUCACAGUCUCUUUCCUCCCAAGAAGGGCUCUACCAAAGACGUGCAGUCAGAAAGCACAUUCUCGUUCCUCCGGUUCAUGAACACGUCGCCGGCAGAGGCACACAGCCUGAUGCUGUGUGGGCUGCUGGUCAGGUGGCUGGCGCUGUACCUGACACUGAAGGAGGCCUACAGGAUACACCAUCACAGGGAGUGGCACGCACAGUCAGGCCAACAUAGGUGUCUGGACAGGACAGGGCUCCUGUUGUCGCCGUGCUUCCGUCUGUCGGCACCAGCCGUCGCCAGCAGCGCCGUCCUCAAGCACCUGGUCUUCACCAGCUUCACUACAAACUUCAUCGGCCACAUGCAGCAAACCUUCCACUUCAUCCCUGAAACACCCGGGCACAGAAAACGAAGGCUUAGCAAGAUCCGCCAGCUCUCCGUAUCCCACGGCAGCAAGUCAGGGCUGACGUCCCCGACACGAGCCCACCCCACGCCCCUGUCUCCCACCAGGAGAUCCUCUCACUCUGCAUCCUCCCAGCAGCCUGCAGCCAACCCCUCCCGCAGGCUGGCCAGCCCCACACAGACCCCCACAUCACCGAGGCCGAGAAGACAUCCCAGUGGCAGUGCCAGCAGUGGGGAGAAGGCGGCCCCCCACCCCAAGUCCCCCACCCGCCACCACCUGCUGCUGCCCAGGUCCCCCCUCGCCAGGGGGCCCAUCCACAGGGACUGUGUCCCGUCUGCCGCACCAGCCUUCCUCACGAACAUCAUUCCAAAGGUGACCAGUGCCUAUCGGCUGUGGUACAGCAGUGACCGCAGCGCGGGGUAUGACUUACUGCGACAGCAGCUGGGCGGAGCUCCCGAAGCCAGGCCAACCGUCCUGCACGGGUCCCCAGAGUCGCACCACCAGCACCAGGCAGGGGGGUGGCUCUUCCCUCCCCCUGCAGGGGGGCUGGCUGCCGUGGAGCUCGCCUGGGGGUGGUCCAAUAUCCAGAUUCCAGACAAGGAAGUCCUGGUGACAGACAGCGGAAAGCUGUAUGCGCUGGACAUCCUGCUGACCAGACUGAAACAGCAAGGACACAGGGUCCUCAUCUACUCACAGAUGACACGCAUGAUCGACAUUCUAGAGGAGUUCAUGUGGCACAGGAAGCACACCUACAUGAGGCUGGACGGCUCGUCUAAAAUCUCAGACAGAAGAGACAUGGUGGAGGACUUCCAACAGAGGUCUGACAUCUUUGUGUUCUUACUGAGCACCAGAGCAGGCGGACUGGGCAUCAACCUUACUGCUGCUGAUACGGUGAUCUUCUACGACAGUGACUGGAACCCGACGGUGGAUCAGCAGGCCAUGGACCGUGCCCAUCGCCUGGGCCAGACCAAGCAGGUGACGGUGUACAGGCUCAUCUGUAAGGGCACCAUAGAGGAGAGGAUCCUGCAGAGGGCCAGGGAGAAGAGUGAGAUUCAGAGAAUGGUGAUCAGUGGAGGGAAGUUCUCUCCCGACACCCUGAAACCUAAGGAGGUUGUCUCCCUGCUUCUGGACGAUGAUGAACUGGAGAAGAAAUUGCGUCAGCGUCAGGAGGAGAAGCGGCUUCAGGAAGAGGCCAUCAAAGCCAAGGACAGGAAGAGGAAGAGGGAGAAAUAUGCUGCCGACAAAAGGAGAAGGGAGGCUGCCAAGAAGAAGAAGGAUGCUGAUGUGGUUACCAUGGAGACAGCAGCGGAUCUCCUCCUCCCGUCUCAGGAGAACUCGAACCUGUCCAUCCCGUCCAUGGACCACCCCCCGAGGGCUCCCUCAUCAGCGCAGACGACUCCGCCGUGCCCAGUCCACUCGCCCCGAAUGUCUGUUGGUAGUGAGGCUGCGAUGAUGGGUCUGCCGCAGGACGACAGCAGCAACGACGGGCUGCUGAUCGUGGACGACCUGCCCCCGCAGCAGCCUGCAACACUGCUGCAGCAGCCUGCACUGCAGCCUGCAGCUGCGGUGACGCCUCCUCCUCAAGUGCAAGAAGCACCUGCGGAAAAGCCAGCUGCAGGGGCCAAGGGGAAAGGUGCUGCCCGGGGUAGGGGCCGGCCGAAAUCCAACAAGAGCACUCCGGCUAAGGGAGGGAACAAGGCCGCUGGGCGUAGCAGGAAGAUCAACGCUAACAGUGCUGCUGCGAUGGCCGGGGCUCGGGCAGGGGCUGCUGCCGCAUCGGUAGCAGCCUUCCAGGCAUACGGGUUCCAGUUCUCUGGAGGUGGGACGACAUCAGGAGCGUCGCCUGGAACCCCUCCCUUGCUGAGACCACCUGUUUUCACACCCCCGCCCAGCAGAAUGGCAUCAUCCCACUCCACACAGCCCGGAUCGUCCCUCUUCUCCCAGGGGGUGGGGCAGGGUGGCCCCUUCAGCCAAACUGUCCGAAACAAAGGGCCAAGUCCUAGCCAAUGACCUCGGAUGACCCAAGAUCUCCAGGUCCCACACAG